AUCUUAAGCCAGACAAUCCCCAUUACAUAUUUUAUUAUGUGGUAUUGGUAUAACAUUCAGUUUGUGAAUGUAGUUGAACGUUAGGUGGUUAGUGAUUAAUUUUUUUUUGUCUGUUUAAAGUAAUCGAUUUAUGAAAAUAAAUAUGUUUACCAAAAACAUUACUAAUAUGUGGGUGUUAGUUUUGUUUACAGUAUUAGUAGGCUUAGCAAUGGCCCAAAACGAUCCAUACCAAAAACUAAGCGAUCACUGGUUCAACAAAUGCUUUAAUCAAACUCACGAUAUCAAUAAUUUUGAUAAAUUGUAUGCAGACGGUGUGGAAUUUAAAAGGUAUCUAAAAUAUGCUUUCAAAUUCAUCCCCGAAGGAGAGAAAGUAUUUUGUGAUAGAGAACGUUUUAUCCUAGAAAAUAGAAUGAAAGAAUUCGCGAAGGAUUUGAAGCCAUGUUUAGCACAACAAGAAAAAUUUUUGGAAGAUUUCCUUAAUCGGAGUUUUAAAGAACUCCUUCAUUUCUUAUGUCAUAAUGAUGGAGAACAUAUUAAAACUUUCUACAGUUCAAAAGCAGCUGAAUGUCGUACCAAAUUAUCCAAUACUAAUUACCCCAACUUAGAUAACUGUUUUGCAAAAAUAAUCAACCCCACAUCAAGGGUUCUAAUGAAAAAAGACAUUUGCAGUGAUCUUGGAAUAGUAAAGAAAUGCUUCGCAGAGGCGUUGGAAUUCCAGUGUCCUUCUUUUGGAUCCUACAAGAAACUUAAUGAAGAUUUUUUCAGUUACGUUAGCAAACCAUGUUCGGGCUGUGUAUUCAAUAUCAACUCUUUGUUAUUUGCGGCAUCUUUACUAAUCUCGUUAAUGUUCAGUAGAAAAUAAUAUUGUUUCUGUUGGAAACGAAAAUAAUUUCUCGGAAUACUUGCAGUUGCUGCAACUAAAUGUUUAUAUAUUAUAAGUAUUUCCGUUAUCUUACCUCACACCACUGAAAACAACCACUAGUUUGGUGGUAAAUUUGAGAAUCUGUGACCCCAAUAACAAAAAAAUUACAAAAUUGUAAUUGAUUGCUUUAUAAACAAAACAUUUAUUUAACUUUUUUAUUUUUCAAAUGAAAUAUGUUUUAAACUCAGUUUAUGAUCUCUUUUGGUACAACAAUUAUAAUUGUAGCCAGUCUUGUAUUGUUAUUUGAAACAAAUUAUUCUACAAUUUUAUUAAUUACUCAAUUGUUUUGUAUAAAACAACGAUAGGUGGAUUAUUUACAUGGGCGUUAAUAUUCUCAAAUAUCAAUUUACAUGGAAAUGUUUUUAAAUUUUUUUGUAUAUAUUAAUCAUUAUCAAAUCCAUAGGGUUUUUAAAUAUUUCCAAAUAAUAAUAAACACAAAUAUUUUAGUAUAGUGAUAACUAUAAUAUUUUAUUUUUUUAUAUCACAUUAUUUUCACUGUCUUAAGUUGAACUAGGUUCCUCUUUAUGUGAAUCAACUUUUUUUAGUAUUUUGGUGCAAAUUUAGGUCUUAACAUGUUUUACUCAAUAUUAAAAAAUCAAUGUUAUGAGAAGUGGUAUAAUUAGACCUACAUAAAAUAUUUUAUGCUAAAAAUAAUUGUUACAUUUUCCUAAGAAAUAUAUAAGUAGACAGACAUUAUUAAUAUUUAUCGUGACCUUUUACGAAAGAAAAAACAAUUGCUUCUCUUAAUAUGUACUUAGACAAAAAAAUAUUUUUGAAUAAUAGGAGCUGUUAGUUUACUAAACAUUUAUAUUAAACCUCCAAAAUUAAUAAAAUCGUGUUUCAAUAAACAGGUGAAUAUUUGAGGUCAUGUAAGCAAUAAUAUUAUAGAGAUUGCAACAUUUCACAUGCUCUAUGAUUUUGCCGUAUGUUAACCUUAAAAUUCCUAAAAGUUUGUAUAAAUGUAGUAUGUUAAUUAGUCUGCUAUAGAGCAUAAAAAACUUUUAUGAUAGCAAAAUAACGAUCGCUCCUUUCUGAACAUACUGUUUACUACACACUAACAUUGCCUGACACACGUUACAACUACUUUAUCGUUUCCAAAAAUUUUUGUAGCCUCUGAUUGCUGAUUGAUAACUUUGAUCAGUUCAUCAACUCUGGACUCUAAAGAUAAUCAAUUAGAUAUGAUAAAGAGACUUGUGAAGAGCGUGAUGUAAAUUACCCCCCCCCCCCCCGUCGGCACCAAUAGCUCGCAAUUGCAAGGAGAGGCUGUAACUACUGAUUAGUUUCGACGUUAUUACGUCUCAUCAGAGCAGUUUAACAACCCUGCAAUUGCGAGCCCUUGGGAAUGCUGGUGUCGACGGGGGGAUCGAUUGACAUCGCGCUCUUCAGAGGAGUUGUAGUUCAAUAUUCGUCGAGGCAUUGGCCAGGAGGCUAGUUGCUUUCUCGUUUGAAGAACGGCAAAAUGCAUUUUCGAAGAGUUUCGGAGGUGAAUAGUGGAGGUCCUUUCUUUUGAUACGUUUUACACACCUCAUUUACUAUCGGAAUCAACAGUUCGUUCGCGAAAAUGUUAGGAUGUGCACUUACCCGAUCAAUGUACCUGCUGCUGCAAUUUUCGAUUACUUCCUUUACUGACGGUACUUGAAGGUCCAAAUUGGAGUAUAGCAGCCUUGUACAACAGCAGUUUGUUUUACAAAGUCAGUUCAGAUUUACGGCCAAUCAUUCAAUAUAUGUGUGUAAAUUUAAUGCCAAGCUGCUUCCCUUUCAUAAGUAUAUGUUUUUGCCAAGUUAAACGUCUGUCAAGAUGAAUACCCACGUACUUCGUAUCAGUUAACUGGGUUAAUUGUAUAACAUUAAUUGUGAUUAGUGGACAUGGUUCACGUUUCAUUUUGUAAUUCAUAUGAGUGGACUUGACUUCGAAUGUGGCAACUUCGGUAUGAUUGCUUGCUGAAGAAACUUAGGUAUAAAGGAGAUAUAGAGUGGGCCACUUCCUUGAGGAACCACAGCUUUGAUCGAAUACAAUCUUGUGAAUUCAUCUUGCUGUUUUACCAAAAAAUGUCUCUGUGUUAGAAACGAUUUUAGGAUAGGUUAAAAGUAAUGUAGUAACCGUUUUUUAAGUUUAUUAUAUAAGGCUUUCAUGCCAGACUCUAUCAAACUUUUGGCUAACGUGUAGGAAAGCUGCUGAGAGGUAGGAUUUACUUUCCAAAGCUGAAAAUAUAUUUUUCACUACUUUAUGUACCUGUUCAAUAGUGAAAUGGACAGAUCUAAAAUCUAACUGGUGGUCUGGAUAAAUUUAUAUAUGAUAUGGUUGAUUUCAGCAAUGACUCUGAUAUGGAUGAAUUUUUAGAAGGGCUUUCUUUUAGAGUGUUUUCAAUUCAUAGCGUGCAUGUUCUCGCCUACCACCGCGUGAGUUAUUGGGUAAUUAAUUAGAUUUGCUUUGUAGUGGGGGCGACUACAGAAUCGGUUAUAUUAUUCCCUAUAACAGACCAUUUGGUUGAUGAACGGGUUCACCAGGUUACAGGAAAACCAAGAGCACCGACAAGCAACGAGGUGGGGUUUCGGAAGGGGAUUCACCUAAUGGCUAUGGGAUAAAUAUCGAGGUAGGCAAGGUAAUUUUCCGGAAGAUAACUUGGAUGUCAGACAAUGUAAUUGUAAGCUUUAUUGUAGUUAUAGUAAACUAUAUGUUUAGUAUGAAUAUGUCCAACAGUUCCAUACCAUAACUUCCAACUUACAUUACUCAUACCAGUGGUUUGUUUUCUAUUGAAAUGAUUUAUACAAUAUAGAACAUUUAGAUGUUGAUUUAAAUUAUUUAAGAUGGAUUCUCAAAAACUAAGAUACUAGAGGGAAAUCAUUGUUUGAAAAUGUUUAACCCUUAUUAUAUACCGAGAUUAAUUUUUAAAAUAAAUGUAUUUGAUCUUUAACUGAUUAAAUUUUAACUAGAAAUCCGUCGUAAAUGAUUUAAAUUUAAUUUUAUGUAAAUGUUUCAGGUAUUUCAAAUUAUUGGCUUAAUAUUGUGCCUUCAUAUUGUACAUUAAUUAUGAUCAAAUAGAACCCAAUUUAUACAAAUAAAAUUAAUAUUGUGUCCUAUAAAAAAAGUGAUAUGAAGCGUCCAAUUACUUCUUCUUGCCUUAACCUUAAGGUUAGAUGUCAGAUUGGGUCUCCGAGUUCUCCUUUAUUUUAUCAUGUUUUUUUUUGUCUGACAAGUAUUUCUGCCUUUAUUUCGUCCAAUUUACUUGAUCUUGUCAUCUAUUAUCUUCUCGGUAUUAUUUGCUUUUUUCCUUACCUAUACUAUACUUUCUUAACUAUUUUUGGUUGAUUUAUUUGGGUGCACUUAAACUCAAGAAAAUAAUAGACAGUGCCACCGUUACACAGGUAAUCGCUUUCUGAAAUUAAUAUAAUCAAAGCUGUGAAACUUAUCUACAAUAAUUGUUGACUAAUUGGAGAUGGAAAUUUUGCUUUUCCUUAACGUUGUAAAUCACUUGACCAGCUAACUCAAUGAAGCUAUAUGCGAAAAGAAUAUACAAAGAAGUAAUAUGAUAUGAAUGUUGUAACAGCAAUUUAUGAAACGAGAAUCAGAGGAGAAUAAAAAAUAUAUAUUAGGUUUAUAUGGCCAAUAAAUUUAGAAGAGCUAUAGAAAUGGACUUAUCCUAUAGGAGAUGUAAAAUACACAAUUUGAGAUAAUAUGAGAAUCAAAUUUGUUACAUUAAAAACAUAUUAACUUGGCAACUAAUAUAGUACCAUUUUGAGAUAUAGCACCAUGGAAUUUUGAAGAGUGCAUACCAUAAGGAUGUAGAAAAACUUCAAAAAAGCUAAAAUGAAUGACUAAAGAAAGACAUCUCAUGAGGAGAGAGUAAAGAAAAGAUCCCUUGAUAUUAGAAAUUGAACAAUAUAACCUAACACAUGAUGAUAUUGGGAUUUUAAAUUCUUUGAAUUCUGAUUUCGACUGAAAUGAUUUUAUAACUUAAUAUGUGCCAAUGAUAACUCUUUUAUAAAUAUAGUAGUGCCUAAACUAAUUGCUGUGAUAAUGUCAGUAGCUUAAAUAUAUUUUUUGUGAGAUUUUUUAACUGUUAUGUUUAGGAUAUCGAAAAUAUUCAAUACUGUCUAUUCUAAAUGUUCUAUUUUGUAUAUUAUUAUAAUAUUUAGUAUAUAGCAAUCUGAUUACAUUGCAAUAAUUAUUAGUAAAUGUUGCAUGAUAAUUUUUUUGAAUCAUAACUUUGUACAAAUUUUGCCAAAUUUCGAAUAUCUGCCAAAUUUACAAGUUUGUAAGAAAGCACACAUACCUUAACUUUAUAUGAGACAAAAAAUAGUUGCUUAGAAUUAUUCUGGUUGUUUUUCAACAAUUUAUCAGUAGAUUGAUUAUAUUUGAAUAUAUUUACUAAUCCAAAUUUUUAUAUCUUGAGAAAAUCUACUGCGCGUCGGCGAUAACGGCCAACCCCAAAAAUUUGCGAAAUUAUUCAAAUUUUUACAUGUAGUUUAUCACUGCAGUAGUCGCAUCUCUAUAUGGUGCAUAAGUAGUCGCAUAUCAAGAUGCCUUUUCUAUUUUGUCCAAUUAUACUCUCAAUACUACUUUAAAAUUAUAGAAAAUUGGUAAAAUGGUUGAAAUAAUUAAAUCUCAAGUCCAGAAUGUUUAUUAAAAAGCUUUGUGAAGAAAUAUAAAAAUAUAACAAUAAGCAAACAUGUUGAAUGUAUAAAAUAAUGAAGAGAGAGGUGAUUACAAAAAAUAUUGUAUAAAACAUUUCACAGACAAAAUAAAAAUUAAUAUAAAGUAUAAAGACUUUUAUGUCUAUACAUUUUAUUUACAUUGCAAACUGAUUAUCAAUAAUUUUUUUUUCGUAAAAAAAAUGUAUCAGUCUUUUUCGCGACUAUACCUAUCAGCACAAAUAAAGGAACAAUGUGCACUUAAGCAUAAAUGUCGCCCACAAUUUUUACAUCUGUACUGGGUAUACCUUUUUUUUCUAUCUUUUUGAUAUGGUGCACACCGUUUACGAAAAGUAGUUUCUGUUGCAUCUUCGUUUGUUUGAACAGUAGAAGUAGUAUCAUCUGAUAAGAUCUCCUGCAAUCAGCUCAACAUUGCAGGGGGAGGAGUAAGUAUUUUUCUUCCCUUCUGAAGCUAUUCUUCUAGGAAUUCUCUGCCCAGUCUUCGUAGAAAAAGUUCCCUAACUGGUAUCUCAUUUCCAUUCUCUAAAAAUAUUACUUGGGCAUUGACGCCAGCUAUAUUUAGUAAGGAGAAAAAAAUCACCAUAGGCCAACGUGAUACAUUAUAACUGGAGCACAUCUUGUCUAAGAUAUCUACACCAACCUUUGUUUUAUUAUAUAAACACAUAAGCUUAUAGAAUCCGCAUCAUUCAGGAAGCAUGUAUCAGAACUAUAAACAGUAUUUCUCAAUUGUAUUCCAAGCUGUUGCCAGGGAAAAUUAUAAAUUUAUAACAAUAGAUGUGGGAGCAUAUGGGAAAGAAAGUGAUGGUGGUAUUUUCUUGCAAAAAACUUGAAAAAGAGCGAUGGCUGUUAAAACAUAACGUGCUAUACCGGGAACAGAUAUAAAAGUAUCUCAUUUUCUACUGGGAGAUGAAGCUUAUCAACUCAAAACCCAUUUAAUGAGAUCUUACCCGGUAUCAAAACUAGGACCCACAUAAAUGAUUUAUUAUGAAUUAUGAGUAGCAAAUGGAGAUUGUUACAAAAAUCGAUUGAAGUAAAUCCUGACUGUUGAUAAACUAAUUAAAUGCAUAUACCUGUUGCAAGAUUAUAAUUGCUAGAGAAAGAGAACAACAGGUAGCUGGUGCCUUCAAUCAAAUUUCCAAGGAAACCGAUUCACAAACAGCAAAUUAUGGCACCCUAGGUGAAAACAGAACCGACAGCUCAGCUUAUAAUAUCAGAGAUAAAAUUAAAGCUUACUUUUCAUUUCAGUAACUGAAUAAUUCAUCACUCCAAACAUUUGAUUCACUUCCAUAACAUUUAUGCAUUUGUGAACAAAUCUCAUUAUGUUGAUAAAAAAGGCGUUAAUUUAAUUUAUUUCAGUUAGUUGUCCGUACCAUUAGCGUUUACUUCACCUGCUACUUCUUGCCACAAUUUUCUUUGUAUGUCCCUCAUGUGAUAGGGUUUAUCACUCAUAUCCCACAAAGGUUUUCUGUCAUUAACCAAGCUGAUUAAUUUCUCUACUUCCAUUUUUAGGCUAGAACGUAAUAACAAUCGUCAGAAUAAUUGCGAAAUAUCCCAGUUUGGCGGAUACAUCACAUGAUUUUGUCCGAAAUCGGACGAAUGAUUCCGACGCUAAGUACGACAAUUCAAUUACAAGAAAUUGUAUUAUUCGCAGUUAUUCGUACGAUUUCAGACGAAAGCAUUUCGGAUGAAAACGCAUUUAAAGGACGUCCGACCUAAUUCUCCUGACAAAAAUCACGUAUCUAUCGAUACCAACAAGAAACUCCUGUUACCAUAUGUUUGCUACCAAAGCACUUAUCAAAAUCUUUCGAUUUGUUGACGACUUUAUGUUAUCUAUAAUGACAACAUCACAAGGGGAGCUUACAAAUUUACUUCUUAUUUUCUUAGAUUAUUUUGAUGUGCUUUAAUUAAAAUAAUACCUUAAAUUUUCAAAUAAACUUUAUGUUAUACUACGUUUUAAAUGUUAUAUGAUUAGGUCUCGCAUCUACAAGAAUUUGUAUUAAAAAUACUAUAAGAGAAUUGAAAUAGCAAAAUAAAAUAAUCAACAUAAUUCUCUGAAUGAUUCUCUAAUUUUUUAUCUAAUUAUAAAUUAAAAAACUUUUUCGACCGGAUAAUAUUUACAACUAUUUUUAUUUCUUUUACUAAUAUAUUAUCCAAUGUAAAUGAUUAAAAAUAAUUCAUCAUUUGAUUUGAUUGAAUGAAAUAUUUUUUGUUUAUUACAGCUUUCAUUUUAAAAGCGACAUUGUAAAAUAUAUUAAGCUCAUACGAACAGUUGUUAAAGAGUGAAAAUAAUUAGUGUAUAUAAAGAGCCUUACCGUUGGUAUAAGCUUAAUGUAUUUAGUAAUUAAAACCUCAAAUCAUUUUAGUACUUAACCAAAUUCGUGUGUCAAAAUCUUUGCUAAAAUUUUCCAAAUGCAGCUAUGAGAUUAUUUCUGGUACUACUAUACUUGUAUUUUUUAUACCUAUAUACAAGAAUAUUUUGUAUUGCAUACAGAGUAUAAUUACCUCUUAAAUGUUAUUGAGCUUUUGCAGGAUUGUACAUAUUUUUAUCAUUAAAACAUAUAUGUAUGUAUAUGAUUAAUUUAAUAAAAUAUUUAUGCUCCUUA